CCACUCCAUAUAUUACCGAAAACUGGCUGGAUCGCUCGCUGGUGCUCGAGAAUUGAAAGUCCAACCUAAAUGUAACACUGAUCAGCCGGAUUCGGGGAGCCGCAUCACAUUAGAUGUGCCUAUGCCAUGCAGAUCUUAGCCCACUUUGCCGUCCAGUGUUCAUGAUUUAUGCUCGAGUGUGGGCCCCCUUCAGAGCUGUCAGAGUGAGUGGCCCAAGCGCCUAAGUAAUCAUUCAGAACGCGCUGUGGGGCUAUAAAACCCUGGUCGCCAGCCCAGAGGGGCCCACAGUUCAUGCAGAUUGAAGAUGAAGGUGCUGUGGCUGCUGGGGCUAUUGGUUUCUUGGCUAUCAUCGUUGGCCAGCGCCCGCCAGGUGGGAAGGUGCAGCCUGGCCCGCCAGCUCUAUCGGUAUGGCGUGCCCUACGGCGAGCUGCCCGUUUGGCUCUGCCUCGUGGAGGGUGAGAGCUCCUUUAACAGCAAAGCCAUCAAUCCCUCCAAUGUGGAUGGCUCUGUGGACUGGGGUCUCUUCCAGAUCAACGAUAGAUACUGGUGCAAGUCAGCGGACGGUCGUCCCUUCACGGAUCUCUGUCGACUGCCCUGCCGUCUGCUAAUUAGCGACGAUAUCAGGUACUCCAUUGCCUGCGCCAAGUACAUCAGACGCCAGCAGGGCUUUUCAGCAUGGGUGGCAUGGAAUAACCGCUGCCAGGGAAUCAAACCGAAUGUGAACCACUGCUUCAGAAGAAGAUACAGGAACUCGGGAUGACAUUGCCUAUAACAAAUAUGUGAUAAAAGACAGAAAUUUCCAUUGAAUUUAGUCCGUUUUUAAAGAAAAUGUACCCACAAAUAGGAUUUCUGAUAAAAAAAAAGCAUUUGUUAUUUUUACUACGACAAGGUCGAGAUGCCUGUCCGACGGCGGUCUGUUGACCACCUACAUGAAAGAGGAGGUGGAUCGCUACCGCCUCGUCAUUGGCAACCAGACGUGGGUAUUCGAGAUGGAGAACGAUCCUUCUUUGCCCUCGGCGGGAAAGGAUGUAGCCCAUUAAUUGAUUUAAAAAUUCGCUUAAGUUUGAUACAUGACAUCGACAUACCAACUACACGGCUCAGUAGCGCCUCCAAGUAUACAUUCUACACGUGACAACUAUCGCUAAGCACAUAAAAACAAGCUAACCGCUUAGGGUCAAUAUCUACAACUAAGGAUUCUGUAGAGCAUAGCCCGGCACACAGCAAACAGCAUUGGAUCACGCAAAGGUGGAGGAGCAAUUAAAAAUAGGCCGCCGAAUUCGUUUCUCUUAUCGCAUAUAAAUAACGAUAUUUUCUUGUGCAUCGGCAUGACAUGCCAGCUUAAAACAAUCACCUAUAAAUAUAUUAUCCAAUGAAGUCAAAAAUAUAUAUCGAUAUAUUGAUUAAUCGCAAAAACAGCUGAUCGCCUUGAACUCUUCUCAAUAUCCGCAACAGGUUUUUAACCAUAGCUCGCAAAUAACUGUUGACACUUUCGGCGUGUCUGAUAAAAACCUCUCAUUGACGGACACAUUGAGAAAAUG